GGACUGCUAUUUUGAUGGGCGGAUCGCCCUCUAAAGUCGCUUUUGAAGUAUGCCUGGUCAGCGGCGAUUACACCGGAGAUGAAAUGGGCCCGAAUGUUAGCAUGGUCGUAUUCGAUUCAAACGGCGCGCAAAGUCCAACUAUCACACUAGAUAAUAUUUUCAGGGAAGAAGUAGAUUAUUCGCAAGUCAAAUUCACGCUUGAUCUUGAAUCCUGGAGUCGUCUAAAAGUUUUUCAGCGGUUAGAUCACAUAGAACUGUGGUGCACUUCUCAAAGCAAUCCACCACCCACAUGGUUUUUGGAUCGAGUUAUUAUUCGAGACCGACGCUUUGGUAUGAUGGCUGAAUGGAAAUACUUCUUCUUUCCUGUUCACCAGUGGAUAUCGCCAGACCAACAAUAUGUGAUUCAUAAUUGCGAAUCUUGGCUUCCACAAAGUGACCCUUUCCCUGAUUUGCGAGACUCGGAACUCAACUCUCGGAUGCAGCUAUUCACUUUUGUUCAGCGUGCCAAAGGUUUGCCGGUGGAACUCCAAGAUGUACCAGCAACCGAGUUAUUUUCUUCUGAUUCCCGUUGGAACAUUGAGCCAUUGGUUUUAGACGUCAUUUCACAUACCGGUUUAGCGGCAGAAUAUACAUGUGAAGAACCUUGGGACUCACUGGAUUCACUGGGUAGCUUUUACAAAAACUAUAACAUCACCGAACCUGUGGGAUUGCAAUUCUGGAUGGUGAAUGACAUCUGUUUUGGCGCCCAACGAAUUCGUGGAUGUAACCCCUUCGUAAUUGAACUUUGUCGGGAGUUACCAUCAAGCUUUCAGUCAGUCGGCGAUUCGCUCAAGCCCUAUUUGGAAGGGUGGACACUUCGGCAACUGGUCUCAGCGAAUCGACUCUAUCUAUUAGACUACAGUAUUAUGCGGGGACUGAGUUGCAAACGUGACCGAACUUUGUGCGCCCCCUUGGUUCUUCUGUUACAUACGGAAAAGCGGCAGUUGAAACCCAUCGCCAUUCAGUUGGACCAAGACCCAGAUACCACCCAUUCUGUCUUUCUUCCUACUGGUCCAACCCAGGCGUGGUUGCAAGCGAAGAUGUGGGUCAACCUUGCGGACGCUUGUCAUCACAUGGUAGUUGGGCGGUUACUUACCCAUCUUAUCUUGGAGUCUAUUUACGUGUCCAUGCGACGCAAUGUGGCUCAGGCGCAUCCGAUUUACCAGCUGAUGGCCCCACAUUUCCGCAGCAUUCUACCCGUGACAAGAAUGUUGAAGGACUGGAUCUUCGAUAAUGGCUGGAUCGCCCGAAAUAUUCAGCUCUCCCGGAAGGGAGUCAAGCAGCUGCUGAAACGUGCCUUCAAACGGUGGCGCUUUGAUGUACAAGGGAAUAUUUAUCGCGAACUCGAAUCUCGUGGUGUAUAUAAUCCCGAAGGCUUGGGGAAUUAUCCUUUCCGUCACGAUGCCUUGCUUAUUCAUCGCAUUCUGGAGAAAUAUGUUGGCAAAUACGUUCGGCUUAUUUACCCUGGAGGUACGGACGAUCUUCUCCACGACGUCGAAUUGCAGUCAUGGCGUCAUGAGAUGGCUAGUCCCAUGGAAGAGGGCGGGCUGGGUUUACUUGGUAUUCCUGGUAGUACUUUUAAGACUAAACGUCGGGAUUGUGACACCUCUGAUGUAUUUGGUCUGAUUACGGUGGAUGAGACAAUCAAGUUCUUGGUCGGCAUUUUGCACUUGAGUAUCAUUGUGGCCGGAUCAUCAUUACGGUUGCCCAUGUUUGACGAGUACGGCUUUCCAGCCCACUACCCGCUUAGUCUGUUCGGAUCUCCCCCGACUAUCAACACAGAAAGUUCCGAGCAAAGCAUGCUGAGCGAGGCCCAGGGAAGUGCACUUAGCUUGUCCGAUUGUUGCAGAAUGCACAGUCUUGUCGCUUCGUUACCCAACCGUCGAAUGACAGUGGAGGUCGUCCUAUACACGCGCCUUGCAAGUCGCGUGCAGCAGUCAGUUCUUGGUCAAUACGAAUCCGAUUUCAUCUUUAAGCCCAAAGCAGUUGCUAUAUUGGAUGAGUUUCGUAAGGAUUUACGAGAAGCUGUCGCCCAAAUCGACGCUAACAAUCUUGGUAGAGAUAUGCAUCACCAAUACCGUGCGCUGGACCCAUCUCUGAUGCCGAACUACCCCGGAAUCUGAUUUAGUUGUCAUACAGCUCUACAUAUGUACGCAAUCGAUCGUCGUACAGUUUUGCUGCUAGUCCUGCAUUUUUGCUUGAACAUACAUGUUCUUGCAAUCGGCAUAUCGCACCCCACUUCAGGCUGAUGAACGUUGGAAGCGCUCAUACCUUGCCUUCUUUCUCAUCCUUAUAUUUACUCGCCUUUUUAAUAUUCCAGUUGUUUAUUACUUGUGGUUCCCCCACCGUUUCACUUUUUUAUUUUGUUUUGAGUAUCUUUGUAUUUGGAUUCUACUUUCGGUCAUUUUCCUUCUCAUUUGCAAUGUUUGCCCACACGUUUGUGCCUGCAUGGUUGUGCCAGUCCCCACCAUAUCUCCAGUAGGUUUUGUACUUUUCUAAUAUUUACAAAUACAUGUGAUUUUCCACACAGUCUA